AUAAUUAGGAAAAAAAAGAAAGUGAAUAAAUGUCAACAUCAUCAGCAACACCAAGGGGAUCUGGUAGUAACGAAGGUGCAAUGUUAGGAUCAUCAUUAAUGGAUAAUCUUUUAGGUUUAUUAAGAGUUAAAGUUAUUAGAGGUAUUAAUUUGGCUGUUAGAGAUGUUCGAACCAGUGACCCUUAUGUUGUUAUUAAGAUGGGAAAACAGAAAUUAAAGACUCGAGUUAUAAAUAAAGAUGUGAAUCCCGAAUGGAACGAGGAUCUCACCCUUUCAGUUUCAGAUCCCACAUUACCCAUUCAACUGACAGUUUAUGAUCAUGACAUGUUUAGUAAAGAUGAUAAAAUGGGAGAAGCAGAAUUUGAUAUAAAAGCCUUCAUAGAUGCCUUGAAGAUGAAUUUAGAUUCUCUUCCAAGUGGGACUCUUAUUACAAGAAUUGUUCCUUGUAGACAAAAUUGUUUAUCUGAAGAAAGUAGGAUUAUUUGGGUUGAUUCAAGGAUCAUUCAAUACCUUUGUUUGAGAUUAAAAAAUGUUGAAUGUGGAGAAGUUGAACUUCAACUACAAUGGAUUGAUCUUCCUGGUUGCAAAGGAUUAUAGAUAUUUACUCCCUCGCAUCGGGUAACGGCUAAUAACUUAUAGUUGAUUGAAAUGAUUGAUUUGACUAGCUGAUAUUAUCAAUUUUGUUUGACCGGUUGAUUUUAAACACACUGGUGGGAAUAACUUGUUGUAAAUUAGCUAAUUCUUAACAAGGUGUUUCAGUCAACUAAUUUAUCAAAUA